ACUUUGCAGCACAUUCACUCUGCUAACGAUAAGACAGAAGUGCUCACUUGAUCAGAACUUGCAGAGAAAUAAGGAUUUUCCAGAUAUGCGACUAAUGGCAAACCCUGAAGAGACGAUAGCGCAAGUCAACUUGGUGGGAAGGAGUUACUGUCGCAUUGAACCGAAAUGCUUGCGCUUUUAUCAAAUUAGCUUUGGGAAAAUUAUCUUUCUGCAGCAUCAAGAGAAACUGGCUUGAGCUCACUAAUCUGCGGUUGUCUCUGAGGGGUGAUCCCUAUUAUUUAAGAGGCCAUACCCCCUCUGAAGAUUUUUUUCCGCUUGAGAAGACUGUACAGUAACAUAUCCGUGGUGUAUCUUUAGUGCCAUUAGAACCAGACUAUCCGUUGGGCGGCAGCAACGUUAUCUCCAUCAGUUCUCCAAGCUCGGUGCUGAGCACUUGUCAUUGCCGCUUUUUAUGCAUUAUUAAAGCAAAUAACAAAUGUGGCAAUGUCUCUUUGUCCAGAUGAGUUUGUUCUACCCACCGGCAAACAGAAUCCGUGCCGAAGAGCUGCAUUAGGGAUGUUGCUAAUUUAUUUAUUUUUAUUCUGUAGCGUUUGACAUAUUUUUUCCACAAGGAUUGAAGUUAUCCUCCCAUCAGGUGUUAUCAUCUGCGCUUUAGGACCCAGGAGACGCUCCGUUGGAUCGGCGGGGGGUUCUGAGCGUUCACAUAGCAGUACAGAGAAGGAAAACCCCACCGGAUCCGAGAGUGCUGGGUACUCGUGAAUAUGUACAAAUAAUUGUGCCCCCCUUUUCUGCGGUCGAUGGCUUUUGGGGAGCUCUUCCUAUACGCAGGGAUCUUAAGGUUGACAAGGAAGGAGUGGGAGACUUGUGGCCGAGAUUACCUAUCAUAGGCUUUAAAAUACCCAUUUCUGGUUCUCAUCGUAUUUAUUUUUAUUACCACAUUUCCUUCUUGUUCUAUUCCAUCACCUGGAUCGCAUUUAAUUCCCGUGGAACCGUGGCUGACAGUUCCUGGACUAAACAUGAAGGUGAUUUCUUAGGAAAUCGAUGCCCGUGUGGAAUUAUCUAACCUACCUGAUGGGGAACUUGGCACGUGUAUGAAUGGGGAUUUUUGUUCUUCUUAACCAACACCACUGGAAUAAAAUCUUGGAAAUCUUUUACAUUUCAGUGAAUAAGCACUUGUGAUGCUCAAGGCUUUUUACUGCUGAGGAUCAAGAGUAAAUCAAUUAGGACACUUAUUCCGGGUGUCCCUAAGGACAGGAGGAUGAAAGCUCCUAUUCCUCUUUUAUUCCUGUUAUAUGUUUCCAUCACCCAAAGUCUGAAGGUUGUGACAAAAAGGGGCUCAGCUGAUGGAUGCACAGACUGGUCUGUGGACUACAAGAAAUACCAUGUUUUAGUGGGAGAGCCAGUCCGGAUAAAAUGUGCACUAUUUUAUGGGUAUAUAAGAGCAAACUAUACCAUAGCUCAGAUGGCAGGACUGAGCCUUAUCUGGUACAAAAGCAGCAGGCAUGGCGACUUUGAAGAGCCUAUAUCAUUUGAUGGAAUGCGAAUGAGUAAAGAAGAGGAUUCUAUAUGGUUUCGCCCAGCAGAAGUCCAAGAUACUGGUCUAUAUGCCUGUGUUAUAAGGAAUUCAACAUACUGCAUGAAGGUCUCCAUUCCACUGACAGUUUCAGAAAAUGAUACAGCCCUCUGUUACAACACAAAAAUGAGAUACUAUGAAAAAGCAGAACUUAGUAAAAACAAAGAAAUUCACUGCCCAGAAAUUGAUGAUUACAUAUUGCCAAAUGAAGAGCCAACUCUUGUUUGGUAUAAGGAAUGUCUACCAAAAACUUGGAGACCAUCCAUUGUACACAAGAGAGAUUCUCUACUUAUUCGAGAAGUGAGGGAAGAAGAUAUUGGGAAUUAUACCUGUGAGCUGAAGUUUGGAAGCUUUGUUGUGAGAAGGACGACUGAAUUAGCAGUUACAGCUCCAAUGACAGACAAGCCUCCAAAGCUCUUAUACCCACUGGAAAGUAAAUUGACUGUUAUGGAGGUGCAGCUUGGCAAUUUUGCUAAUCUGACAUGCCGGGCUUUUUUUGGAUAUAAUGGAGAUGUCAGUCCUAUUAUCUAUUGGAUGAAAGGAGAGAAGUUCAUCGAGGAUUUGGAUGAAAAACGAGUUCAUGAAAGUGAUGUGAGAGUUCUAAAGGAGCAUCUUGGGGAAAGAGAAGUUUCUGCUUCUUUGCUUAUUGAUUUUGUAGAAGAGGAAGACCUUGGGAAUUACUCUUGUUAUGUUGAAAACGGAAAUGGAAGAAGACAGGCCAGCAUCCUUCUUCAUAAAAGAGAGUUGAUGUACACUGUAGAACUUGCUGGUGGGCUGGGAGCUAUUUUGCUGUUACUCAUCUGUUUAGUAACAAUCUACAAGUGUUACAAGAUUGAACUCAUGCUUUUCUACAGAAACCAUUUUGGGACAGAUGAUCUGGAUGCAGACAAUAAAGAUUAUGAUGCAUAUUUGUCAUAUACCAAAGUGGAUCCUGAUCAGUGGAGUCAAGAAACCAGAGAAGAAGAACGCUUUGCACUUGAAAUAUUACCUGAUGUGCUUGAAAAGCAUUAUGGGUACAAGCUCUUUAUUCCUGACAGAGAUUUGAUACCAAGUGGGACAUACAUUGAAGAUGUAGCCAGAUGUGUUGAUCAAAGCAAACGAUUAAUAAUUGUGAUGACUCCAACGUAUGUUGUAAGAAGGGGCUGGAGCAUUUUUGAACUUGAAACCCGGCUUAGGAAUAUGUUAGUGUCUGGAGAAAUCAAAGUUAUACUAAUUGAAUGCAGUGAACUUCGAGGAAUUAUGAACUAUCAGGAGGUUGAGGCACUGAAACACACCAUCAAGCUCCUAACAGUUAUAAAAUGGCAUGGACCAAAAUGCAACAAGUUAAACUCCAAAUUCUGGAAACGUUUGCAGUAUGAAAUGCCAUUCAAGAGGAUAGAGCCUAUUAUGAAUGAGCAAGUCCUGGAUGCCAGUGAGCAGGGACCAUUUGGUGAACUUCAGACUGUAUCAGCAAUUUCAAUGGCAGCUGCUGCAUCCACUGCCCUGGCCACAGCUCAUCCGGAUCUCCGUUCAACCUUUCACAAUACAUACCAUUCACAAAUGCGUCAGAAACACUAUUAUCGAAGCUAUGAGUAUGAUGUACCUCCAACUGGUACCUUACCACUUACCUCAUUAGGUAAUCAACAUACAUACUGCAACAUCCCUAUGACACUUAUUAAUGGGCAAAGGCCCCUAACUAAAACAAACAGAGAUCAAAAUCCAGAUGAAAUUCAUACAAACAGUGCAAUAUUGCCACUCUUACCACGUGAGACCAGUAUAUCAAGUGUCAUUUGGUGACAACAAAUGAAAGGACAUGUUAAACCAUUAGUGAUUGAGCUAAGAGUGCAGUCCGGUGCCUGGAACUAUAUCCUCGACUGCUGCUGUUAAACAAUGCAUUACAAUCUCUAAAAUAUGUGGAAAAACAGGGUCUUGUACAUAUUUUGGUAAUUUCUUUGUAGCACCAGUGUCUUCCUGUUUUACCUACUGUAUGUCUCUUGCCAUUACAUUACUGGCUUUGUUUUAUAUGUCAUUUGAAUUUGUAUAUUUACAGUUUUUUAUGAGAAAACUGAUGAGCUGGUUCAAGUGUUGUAAAAGCAGGAGAUGUUUUUGCUUUACUAGCAGAUUUAGAAGUGUCAGGUUUUUUUUAAACAUAUCUUUGACAUGCUUGGACAAAGCUAAAGUUCUUGUAUUGCAAGCAGCAACAUCCAUUCUGUUGGCCUGCAUAGGGUGAAACUUGAAACACCACCAACAAUUCUGAAAUGGGUUAUUAUUAAAUGAUCUGGAAGGCUUAAGUGGAACUCAUUAAACCUUCAUCUUCCCUAA